CCUUUGGUUCACAUUCCGCUACAGAAACUCGGUGUUGUAUGUUGUGUGCGCUGUUCUGUUUAAUCUUCGAACGAGAAGUAAGCAUGUCGUUGAAUUCAGUUCAAAAAGCAAAUGCAAGUAUCAUCUCAUCAUGCAUAGUUGGAUUGGUGUUAUCUUACUACGCAUACAUCGUUGAAACUUCAAAGGAACUUGAUCAUUCUUACGAAGCUAUGUGUGAUAUCAGCGAACAUAUCAGCUGUACUAAGGCUUUCAUGUCCGAGUAUGGUAAAGGAUUUGGCCUAAUCCCAAAGACUUCGAUAUUUUAUAUGCCAAACAGUGUUUAUGGACUCGUAUUCUACAGUUGUAUGGCAGUGAUGAGUGUAUCAAAUACUUACUUCGCCACCAUUGUGCUGAUUAUUUUUGGGAUUUUAUCUAAUCUGGGAUCAAUUUAUCUUGGCUAUAUCCUUUAUAUGUUGAAAGACAUAUGUGUUUUAUGCAUCGGUACAUAUUUAGUGAACUGUGUUAAUUUAAUUCUUGCCAUACGGAAGUUUGGCAUCAUAUCCAGGCUUGGUGCAUCAAAGAAAGAAAAGCUCAAGUAGUAAGUUGUUGUCUAUAGAUUCAGACAUUAUGUACGAUAUUUGGAACCGUCUAAUCAUUCCUACAGUUGCUACCAGAGAGGAUACUUAUAAGCCAUCAUUGAAAAGCAAGCUUUUUUAUUUGACAGUGACCCAUUUUUGUCAGAUUGAAUACUUGAUUUUUGAAUACUUAUUUUAGCGACUUCCCUAAUCGAAGAAAAAUAAGGCAAUCCUGAAAAUAACACUCCUGAGUAUAGUAGAUUUUGAUGUUGUGAUUUCAUAUGUUUAUUGUGUAUACCACGGACAUAGAUGUACGUACAGUAUGUCUCUGGCGUGGGGAUACCCACCUUGUGGGCACCUGACACGGUCUUAGUCUGACUUAUUUUUACUAUAUGAGUGACUGAGGCAUAUAUCGGGGUAAGAGGGUCACAAAAAUAUUCAUUGCUAUGCUUUGUUUCUAUGCAUAUAAUAUUACAUGAAUAAUUUAAUAAUUUGGUUAGUAUACAAUAUAUCUAGUCAUACUUACAAUUGAGUAGGUACUGAAAUUAACUGAAUUUAUAUGCAUAAUACAUAUGUAUGUGUAAUAACGAUUGUUACAAUUCUGCUAUUUUAGAUAUUGCUACGUUGUCACAAAAUUCUCAGCUAUCUCGAUAUAAUAAAUAUCUUCAAUGUCCAACA